UCUCACUGUUAAUGUUGACAAGUGAGUUGUAAGCAGAUUCCACGGGGGAUCAGGACGUUACAGCCUAAAACUAGGAAGAGAAAUAGUUACGCCCCAAAAUGGCAAAACGGCUAGCCAAAACAUGUUGCUAGCCGAAGGCCACUUAACACGUUUACACAAACUGGGAAAAAAGGGGGAGCUUGCAGGGAUGCCCCCUCCCCCGAGUGGAAAUGAACGCGGUAGUCUAUGCGUAGUGAAGUUAUGCACUUCUCUUCAGAAACUAUAUGCAGACAGGCAGCUGUGGAGGGGUCGCAGCAAUCUUACAAAUAGAUUCGACCAGCUUCAUUUUCAGAACACUCAAGAGACACAAACGUAGUUUGACAGAAUAAUUUAUUUAAGAUGGAGGCGAGUUAUGCAUUGCUUUUUCUUUGUUUCACAGAAGUAUUUGUGGGUUGUCAUACCAACCCGUUAGAAGAUGUUAUUAUUGAUCGAUAUGACAUACCCAGAGUUUGUCCUAGAGAAGUUCAAACGGGCGAUUAUGUGCGUUAUCACUACAACGGGACGUUCAUGGAUGGAAAGAAGUUCGACUCGAGCCGUGACCGCGGCGUCCCCUUCGUUGGACAGGUGGGACUCGGUCGCCUCAUCACAGGCAUGGACCGCGGGAUCCAGGGCAUGUGCGUCAACGAGCGCCGGAAGGUCACCGUCCCCCCUCACCUGGCGUACGGCAGCCUGGGAGCAGGGAACGUGGUCCCACCGGACACCAUAUUGGUGUUCGACCUGGUCCUGCUGGACAUCUGGAACACGGAGGACAAGGUGCAGACAUUCACCCUGAGCAAGGCGAAGGCCUGUGAGCGCACCGUGGUGGCCUCUGACUAUGUCCGGUACCACUACAACGGCACCUUGCUGGAUGGGACCACUUUUGACUCCAGCUACAAAAGGAACCGGACGUAUGACGCCUAUGUUAAGCAGGACGAGCUCAUCCCGGGGAUGGAUGAGGGUCUUCUGGGCAUGUGCGUGGGGGAGCUGAGGACCAUCAUCAUCCCGCCCUUCCUGGCCUACGGAGAGCAGGGAUAUGGCACAGAGGUCCCCCCCCAGGCCAGUCUGGUGUUCAGUGUGCUCCUGGUAGACCUGUUCAACCCCAAGGAUGACAUCACUAUCGAUAACCAGGAAGUGCCCGAGCCCUGCGCCCGCAAGUCGGUGGCAGGCGACUUCAUCCGGUACCACUACAACGGCACAUUCCAGGACGGCACCCUCUUCGACUCCAGCUAUCAGCGGAACCACACCUACGACACUUACAUUGGCAUGGGCUACAUCAUCUCUGGGAUGGACAAGGCCCUGCAGGGGGUCUGCAUGGGGGAGAAGAGACGCAUCACUGUUCCUCCUCAGCUGGCCUAUGGGGAGAAUGGAACAGGAGACAUCAUCCCCGGCUCAGCUGUGCUUAUCUUUAACGUCCACAUAAUUGACUUCCACAACCCCAGUGACCAAGUGGACAUCAAGGUCACCUACAAACCAGCGGAAUGCAACCGUACAACUGAAGACAAUGACCUGAUCAAGUACCGUUACAACUGCUCUUUGAUGGACGGCACACUGCUCUACUCUUCGGAGAACAAUGGCAAACUACAGGAGACUGUUCUUGGGGAGAACAGGGUGAUCGAGGGUUUGGACAAGGGCCUGCAGAACAUGUGUGUGGGAGAGAGGCGAAAGGUCAUCGUUCCCCCUCAUCUGGGCCAUGGAGAGUAUGGAGGAAGUGGCGUUCCUGGCAGCGCUGUGCUGUUCUUUGAGCUGGAGCUGACGGAUCUCCAGAAGGGGGUGCCAGAGGGGUACAAUUUUGUAUGGCUGAAAAACACCCCACAGCAGAUCUUCCCGGCCAUGGAUAUGAACAGUGACAAUGAAGUACCCCUCGAGGAGUUCUCCACCUUCAUCAAGAUGCAGGUGGCGGAGGGUAUAGGGCGCCUUCGACCCGGUCAGGACCCCGACGCCAUCAUCAAGGACAUGUUCGCCAACCAGGACCAGAACGCGGACGGCAAGAUCGUCCUCGCGGAGCUGCAGGUCAAAGUGGAUGCGCACGACGAGCUGUGACAGACAGAUGGACGCGCAGAGCGCUGGAUAGGGGGCAGACGCGCCUGAGACUCGCAUCAACCAACCAGCACCCAGAGAGCAGUCAGCCAGCUGCCAAAAUGAUCUCAAAACAUGGCUCCUUUAAUAGAGGGCUGAUCGGACACAUAUCACCAUUUUGACGGAGGUCUGGAGCCAAGUAUUGCUAUUACAGCAGCCUGUCUUAAAAAUAAAAACCAUUGGCACAGCGAAGGCAGCUGUACUUUACAGACUGAUUUAACUUUAAGCGAUUUUGGAUCUUGAGCCUGUUCCACACACUGUCCUCCCAGGAUGAGGUUGUGGGCCUUGGGUGGCUCAGUGCACCCAAGAGGUUGUCAAGUUCAGUCCUGGGGGGCCCCUGUGUAUGCUGGUUUUCAUUACAACCACUAUUGCAAUGCCAAAAUUUUAACAAUCUGCUCAUUUUGCUUAAUUAUACUUUUUAUGCUUUGAGGGAGUUUGACGACCUGUCCAAGGUGUAUUCCUGCCUCUCGCCCAAUGCAUGCUGGGAUAAGCUCCAGCACCCCCCACAACCCUGCCCAGGAUAAGUGGGUAUAGAUAAUGGAUGGAUGGAUGGAUGGAUGGAUGGAUGUUUUCAGCGAUUAUUUACCCCCUUAGGCCACAUUAUGUCAGAAAUAACUAUCCAUGCCAUGAAAAAUAGUCCCAUACACACAUUGUGCUGUAUUAAACACUUACAUACAGAGACGUAUAAAAAUGUACUGAUAAAAUUAGACUGAGGUGAAUUAAUAGGCUCCUAUAAGGUGAAAGUAUAGACACAUGGCUAAGACCAUUAACCUAAAACUAGCUAAUGAAUUAGAAGACAAAGAAAACGAUAAUGAGCUAAACCAUAGCGUCAAGUUUAAGGAAAAAAAUUAUCGAACUCAAAGACGUGUUCAACAACUUUAACUGAGCAAGAGGCUGUCACAAAAGGGCUGUAACAAAAACCAGCAUACACACGGGUCACCUAGCAACGAGAAACGCUGGCACACCUGGUUCUCUCACUACCCCCUCCAAAAAUAAAAAAUGAAUUGCAGUGGGUUGUAUAUUUAGUGUGGGUACUUUUUCAAAGCCGUGUAUUGUGUGUUCUCAGAUCAACUGUGGUUUCUAAUAAAACAAAGCCAAAACCUC